UUUUGUUUUUUUGUUUUGUAACAUGAGUUCUGGGGUUUGAACCCAGAUCUUUAAGUUUUUGGCUCAAUCCUUGUGUGUGUGUGUGUGUGUGUGUGUGUGUGUGUGUGUGUGUGCUCGUGCACACACACGUGUUACUUAUUAUAUUACUAAGGCUAGCCGUUGGACCCAUGGUCAUUCUAUCUUCCUGGGUGUUGCAAGAAUGAGCCACCCCAUCUAGCUAGCUUAUUCGUUGCUAGCUAGUACAACAGAACGAACCAAUCGCUUUCUCCUCACAACACUUAAAGGAAACCCAUUUCAUUAAACACACCAGGAAGUUUGUGACUUGCCACAUGUAGCCCCAAUUACCUAGCCACAGGCCACUGCUGUGGCUUCCUCUACUCUUUGCCCCCUUUAAAUCUGGACUUAGAACUUGAGGGAUGGGCACUGUCUCAGGGUGUCUACUGCUGGGACGAAACAUCAUGACCCAAGAGCAAGUUGGGGAGGAAAGGGUUUAUUCAGCUUACAUUUCCACAUUGCUGUUCAUCACGGAAGGAAGUCAGGAUAAGAAACAAACAGGACAGCAACCUGGAGGCAGGAGCUGAUGCAGAGGCCAUGGAGGGGUGCUGCUUACUGGAAAGCUCAUGGCUUGCUCAGCCUGCUUUCUUAUAGAACCCAGGACUACCAGCUCAAGGAUGGCACCACCCACAGUGGGCUGGGCCCUCCCCCAUUUAGCACUAGUUGAGGAAAUGCCCCACAGCUGGAUCUCAUGGAGGCAUUUCCUCAACAGAGGCUCCUUCCUCUCUGAUGACUCUAGCUGUGUCAAGUUGAUGCCAAACCAGCAAACCAGCCAGUACAGGUACCAACACCAGAGAAUGGACCAGGUCACUUGUUUGUGUGAAGAUGUCAGAUCACCUGGAAUUGGAGUUAAAGAUGGCUGUGAGCCACCAUGUGGUUGCAGAGAAUUGAACCCAGGACCUCUGGAAGAGCAGCCAGUGCUCUUAACUGCUGAGCCAUCUCUUCAGCUCCCAAUGUUUGUAUACUUUUCUUUUUGAUUGGUUUUGCUAUAUAGUCCUGGCUGGCUUGGCACUCACUAUGUAGGUCGGGUUGGCUUUGAACUCCAGGCAAUCCUCCUGUCUCAACCUCAGGAACAGCUAGAAUUAAAUGUGUAUAUCACACCGUCCGGCCAGAUUUAAAUAGUUUCAGUAACAUAGAAGUGCAAGAUAUUUUCUCUAGCUUGGAGCAAAGAUUCAGACUCUCAGACCCUUAACCUGGGCUUUGUAACACCCACGUUUUAACCUUUCUAUCUUUUUAUUUUUUAAUACUCCUGUGGACCUGUAAUGUCGAUCACUCUCUUGCUUAAAUUUUCUAUCCCACUGUACUUUCAGGCCUGUGCUUUAGCCUCGAGACCACCCCCCACCCCCCUUUUAGCACAGCCGGCAGCUGGAAGUCUUCACUGAUCUCUCACUUUCCGCCCUGCCCCCAUCAUGGAUGGGAGGAUGUCUCUGUGCCUCCUCCAGAUGUGUGUCUGCCAAAGAUACCCCUCCACCCCCAGUGUAGAGGAUGAUGAACGAUGUGACCUCGCAGCCAGACUUGUGGGAAAGUGUUGAUCCUUUGAAAAGAGAGGGAAAGGCAAGAGUGCGCGACAGAGCCGCUGGGCUAGCGGAGUCGAAAGACUCAGGAAGUGGUGGGAGAAGCGCUCCAAUCUAUCCCUGCCCUCUUUCGCUGGAAUUAGGAAGUCUUCCUCUUUAUUUGUUUCAAACCCCAUCCAUUCAGGGGUUCCCUCUUCUGCCCUGCAGUCCUCUCCCAGGCUUCCUUCCUCUAGGAUAGUUUCAACACUCCACUACUCUCCAACCCAGGGGGGCGGAACUGGUUCGGCUCCACUGUUCCUUUAAGGAGUUGGCUCCUCCCUCCCACGGAAUCGCGGUCUGACGCGGGGAUGACAGCAGCGAGUUCGGUAUGUCUAUGCAAAUAAGUGUCCCCUUCGGGCCAAUGGGGAGCCUAGGUGCCGGAAGCGCGGACCAAUGGGGCGGGGGCGCUGGGGCUCGCCAUAUAAGGAGCGGCCUCGCCAUAAAAGGAAACAUUGUAUCUCUUUAUAUGGGGGGGGGAAGGGUUGGGGGAUACCUCCGCAGCCAGCGCGUGGUCCCGGCCCCCUCCACCCGCGGUCUCGGCCGCGGCCAGCAGCCCCUGCCCCGCGGGGGACGCUGACGGCCGCAGGGCGCGCCUCCCCGGCACACGGACAGGGGGCGCUGCGCGCGGCCUGGGGCAACCCCGGCCAUAGGGGCAGGAAAGUGAGGGCCCAGGUCGGCCCGGGCGUGCAGGGGCCCCGGGCUCGCAGCGGCGGCCGCGGCAGCAAGAGCGGCUUUAGUAACAGCGCGAGUGCCGGGUGGAACCGAGAAGCCGAUGGCGGCAGCUGCCCCGAUUCCUCGCUGACUUGCCCGUCAGCCCUCCUGCACUGAGCGCCAUGUUACCGAGCCAAGCUGGGGCCGCGGCGGCUCUGGGCCGGGGCUCGGCCCUGGGGGGCAACCUGAACCGGACCCCGACGGGGCGGCCGGGCGGCGGCGGCGGGACUCGCGGGGCGAACGGGGGCCGGGUCCCCGGGAACGGCGCGGGGCUCGGCCAGAGUCGUCUGGAGCGGGAGGCUGCAGCGGCAGCGGCGCCCACCGCCGGGGCCCUCUACAGCGGCAGCGAGGGCGACUCCGAGUCCGGCGAGGAGGAGGAGCUGGGCGCCGAGCGGCGCGGCCUCAAGCGGAGCCUGAGCGAGAUGGAGCUCGGCGUGGUGGUCGGUGGGCCUGAGGCGGCGGCGGCGGCCGCCGGGGGCUACGGGCCGGUGAGCGGCGCGGUGAGCGGGGCCAAGCCGGGGAAGAAGACCCGGGGCCGCGUGAAGAUCAAGAUGGAGUUCAUCGACAACAAGCUGCGGCGCUACACGACCUUCAGCAAGAGGAAGACGGGCAUCAUGAAGAAGGCCUAUGAGCUGUCCACGCUGACAGGGACACAGGUGCUGUUGCUGGUGGCCAGUGAGACAGGCCAUGUGUAUACCUUUGCCACCCGCAAACUGCAGCCCAUGAUCACCAGUGAGACCGGCAAGGCGCUGAUUCAGACCUGCCUCAACUCGCCAGACUCUCCGCCCCGCUCAGACCCCACCACAGACCAGAGAAUGAGUGCCACUGGCUUUGAAGAGCCAGAUCUCACCUACCAGGUGUCGGAAUCUGACAGCAGUGGGGAAACCAAGGACACACUGAAGCCAGCAUUCACAGUCACCAACCUGCCGGGUACCACCUCCACAAUCCAGACAGCACCCAGCACCUCUACCACCAUGCAAGUCAGCAGCGGCCCCUCCUUCCCCAUCACCAACUACCUGGCACCAGUGUCUGCUAGUGUCAGCCCCAGCGCUGUCAGCAGUGCCAACGGGACUGUGCUCAAGAGUACAGGCAGCGGCCCUGUCUCCUCUGGGGGCCUUAUGCAGCUGCCUACCAGCUUCACCCUCAUGCCUGGUGGGGCAGUGGCCCAGCAGGUCCCUGUGCAGGCCAUUCAUGUGCACCAGGCCCCACAGCAAGCGUCUCCCUCUCGUGACAGCAGCACAGACCUCACGCAGACCUCCUCCAGCGGGACAGGUGGUGUCCCUCAGGUGUUCCUGACAGCACCGUCUGGGACCGUGCAGAUCCCUGUCUCUGCAGUUCAGCUUCACCAGAUGGCUGUGAUAGGGCAGCAAGCUGGGAGCAGCAGCAACCUCACCGAGCUACAGGUGGUGAACCUGGAUGCCACCCACAGCACCAAGAGUGAAUGAUCCGCCCGUCACCCUGGACAGACGGCCCAAGGGACGGCACCACUUAUUUAUUGUUGCCUUUUCACGGUUUCUUUACACACACACUGACUGGCCGAAGGAGGGAGGCGGGGAGAAGGAGCGGGCAGCCACAGGACUAUGCCCUCUCACUCCAGCCAAAGAAACGGGCCUGCCUGCCCUCCCCAGCUGCCCUCCUUCCUGCUCUGCCUGUCAUGCUGUUGAUGGUGCAGCUCUCCUCCCUCCUCAGACCCCCUGCCAGCCUGGCUCAAUUUGCUAUGAGUAUUAGCUGACCCGAUGGGACUGUGCCACCUUCCCACUCACAGGCCUUCUGUGGGACUGGGCACAGUGUUCCCGUCCGAGGAAACAUUUGGGGCCCUCUCUCCAGCCUCUUUGGCGACCUCUGGUUAGCUUUGUGUCUGCCAUGGUCUGGGUCAAAAGAGCCCGGCCCCUGCCCCUCAGGGAGCCAGCUGGGAGAGAUAUGGGGGCUUGUGCCCUCAGCCGAUGCCCUCUGCCCCUUUCAGCUCCUGAAGCAGCUGGGCCUGUGCACCGGGCAGGUUACUGGGGCCGCCUGCCCUGCCUUGCCUCUGUUCCCGCGGACCUGCAGGGGCUCCUGGGUUGGAGGGAACCACUGUUAGCGGUCUCUUCCUCCCCUUGGUCUUCCCCCUUCUCCCAGCUGCUUUACUUAAGAGUUGAUUUUGAACUUUUUAUUUGAGGAGAUGACGUGAAAACAAAUCUAUAAAUAUAUAUUUUUAAAAUAUUUAACUUUUUUUUAAUGGCGUUUUUCUCAUCCCCCUCCCUGCCCAAACUCCUCUUGGGGAAGCUCUUGGGCUCCCUAGAACUGUCUGGGCCCCUGGGGACAGCCACCCCAUGAGCUUGGGGUCCACCAGUGUGUGUGUGUGGGAGAUUCUGGGAUUGCUCCACAUCCUGGGUUCUUUCCAGGAGAAAGGUGGGGGAGGGGCCCUCAGGCCAAGCCACAGAAGGGGGAUGGGAGGUCCCGCAGUUCUAGGCCUCUUUUGCCCUCUAGGGUUGUUGCUAGGAAAAGGGAAGAUGGAGACCAAAUGUGGGGGUGGGGUGGGAGGGGUCAGGGAGAGGAGAUUGAUGUCCUUUGUGCCACAGUAUGGUCGUUGCAGCCUGUGCUCCCCCAGGCUUGCAGAUACCUGGGGCCCAAGGUGCAGUGGGCAGGAUGGAGUUCGGGAGGUAGGGAGAUACAGGAAUGGGGGUCAGAGGUAAAAGCUCUUGGGCUGAGUGCAGCAAUGGGGGGCCAGAGGUGGGCAGCUCUCCCAGGGAGUGAGCAGCUACUGUAACUUUUUUAAAUUAAGACAAAAAGCCUUGAAGAAAAUGACUUUAUUUUUCUAAGUGUAACCUCAGUAUUUAUGUAAUUUGUACAGGGCCAUGCCCCAUCCCUUAAAAUCCCUUUGGGGACCUUGAGGGUGGGCUAGCAUAGGGGAGGGUGUUUUACCCUGUGUCAGAGCCAGCCUAAACCACCUGUAUCCAUUAAAGGAGCUUUUUCCGGGAGGGCAGUUGGGGUAGGGUGUCACUAAACCCUUGUUGCUGCCUUCAGUAGGAACAAGCCUACUUCUGCGGUUAGGUGGAGGGGUUGGGAAGGUUUUAUGCACAGCCUACGUUUCAUGGGGAUGAUCUGCUGACGUUUAAGAGCCCCCUGAACCUCUAAUCCCCAUUACUGUCUUCCCCAGCUGGGAUGCCACCUUUCUGGCCUUUCUCCUGGAAAUAGCUGGGGCGUUUGGGUGGCUUUCAAGACUGGGGCAUGGUAAACCAGGGGUCAGAGUUGGGGAGCUUGGGACUCAGGUCUGUAACUGCCCAGCCCCCUUCUCUGCUCCUGUUUCACUCCUCUGCCGCCCACUCAUGGCCCCUCCCCCAACACCGGAGGUGUUGAUUCCUCCUCACAAAAGAUAGAGCCUGGGCAAGUGAUUCAGGCCAAGUGCUUACCAACGUGUGCUGUGUGAUUGUGGCCUUGGGAGAACCUGUUUGUCAGGCAGGACUGAGGUGGCAUUUCUAUGUGCAGCAACCCUUGGUGUAUCCCUAAUUAAGUGGCUCUAGGGGUGUGUGCGCGCGCCUGUGUCCGAGUGAAUACGUGUGUGAAUGUGGAGUGCGUGUGGUAUAUCCGUGGUUUCUACUUCUCCUGGGAUGUUGACCCAGGAAUAGUGGACAUGGUCACAUCUUCUGUACAGAGCUUUCUUUUGUAUUAAAAAAAUACUCUUUCAAUAAAUGUAUCAUUUUUGUGCACAGA